AUGAAAUGGGUCUUUUUGGUCGUUAUUUUGGCCGUUCAAGGACGAAAACGAAGAAAGCUAGUAUGCACCACGGACAGCGACAUCCGCGACUGCGUGACUGGAAAUGUCCAGCUAGUCAACCAGGCACGUCGUGACAUGAACGACUUCAUGAACGUCCUCAACAACACGAUCAUUCCCACCUUCGAAAAAACCACUGCCGACGCUCUUCGACAAGCGGAGGAGCUCAAGCCGCUGGCGAAAGAAAUCUAUCGUAAAAACGAACGUUUGUCCUUGCGAAUGGACAAGAUAUCAUCUGAUCAUCAGGAGAGAAAACAAGAGCUCCAGGAUUUGAAAGAAGCAAUCAGGGAAAAUAAAGCUUCAUGCCUUGCGACGUCGAAAAAUGUUAAGGAAGAAAUAACAAAAACAGAAAUCGCAAUUGCUGAAAAAAUCAAGAAAAUAAACGAAGAAAUAACCGAAAAAGAAAAAGACUUCCAACUUGCGCUAGAAAAAGCAACGGCAAAAGUCGAAAAUGAAAAUGAAAAACUCCUCCAGUCGUUCGAAAAACUCGACCAAAGUGCUGAAAUAAGAAGCUUAGAAAAUCAAUUGACAAAAUUCGACAAUAAAUUUUCACGGGAAAACGAGACGAUCAAGAAAAAGCUAGAAAAGCACAAUCGCCGGGUCAGCGAAAAGACAGAGGAGGCGCUGGAAAAAGUUCGAGGUCAGAUGCAAGACGUUGAUGACAAAAUAUCAGCCGAGAAGCUGCUCCUUGACCUUCAGAUUGAACAGCUAACUGAAGCGAUUCAGGGAAAUGGGUUCAAACAAACAAAACGGGCUCUCAAAACCUGA